UGCAGUUGGAAAGAGAAAUGUUGAGAGACAUCAUUUAAAUAACAGUAAUUUACAAACAAAUUUCUUGUUAGACUUCAGAGCUUCUGAAUCUUAAUAAGAACAUUAAUUAAUAAACCAUGUUUGGAACUUGUGUGUUAUUGCAUGAAUGACAUCAACACUGAAAUGGUUUAGGUAAAUGUCAGUAUGAUUUUCUAUCUACUUAUGGCUUUAAAAAAGUCGGGAAAUUUCAAAUAUACAAGUACACACAAAUGCAUUUACAUUUAAUUUUGCAAUUUUCCCCAUAUAGAACAUGCUCUAUUUUGUUCAUUUAUGGGACUGAAUGCAUAGAUAACAUGAAAAGCUAAUUGAUAAACUGUGCAAAAACCGAAAAGAGCCAAGCAACUCAAAUUAAUGGCACAGUCUCCCAGGCUUCCUGAAAGAUCCAAACAAGGUCAUUUGGCCUCUAGGUCCUUAUCAAUAGAAAGGAGCUAAUAAUAAAUCUCAGUUCCAUGAGCCCACUGUGGAUCUUGUGUUCCUUACAAUCCUCCAAUAGAAAGCCCAGUCAGCAUAAGUGGAAAGGAAUGUUAUUAGCACACUUGCUUCACAAGUCUUCUCUGCUCUUCCUCCCCAAAGCUGAAGAUACUAAGACAAGAGCUACAGUUCACAGAAAGAAAGCAGACAGCGUCCCUUUAUAAAUGGGAGUAUGCAGCUGUGUUGCUCUCAGGAUAAAGGCAUCAAUUUUAUUCCUCUCUGUGGAAUGAAGUCUAAUUAUACAGGGCAAGACAUAGAGACCCUACUGCAAGUGUCCUAAGAAGAAUACCCUCCCAUUUUACUGAAUAAGGGGCCUUCAGCCCUUUCCACUGAUAAACCAUUAGCAGCCCGGCUCAUUUGGAAGCCCUGUCUACUAUCCUAUAGAUCCUUGUCCAGUGCAAAGCAAAGGGAGGUCCUAGAAUCACAAAGCCGUUACUAUGGUAGCCGUCCUUCUCACUCACAUUCCCACCCUUAUGGAAUUAUCCCUUUCUGAAAUGUCCUGUUGUGUCUGUAGCACUAGAUUUCCCCUCCCCUUCUGCAAUACUCUCCAAGAUCUCUAAGGCAGCCAGAGGACUCCAAAGGCACAGUGUAAAAGAGGUCCAAAGAGAGAGGUUUUAAUGAGCAGGGAAAACAUUGGAAUAUUCAUAAAUACAAUAACAAUUAGUAACUCCCUCCUCCAACAGCUUAGCUGGAAUUAAGACAGUCUUUCACGACAGGCAUCUUAUCUCCCCCCUCUUCUGUGUGCAAGAUGAUAAAGGACAAUCACACCUAGCAGAAGUCUAUAUAGUGCAGCUCCCUUUUCACUGAAUUUCCUAAAGUCAACCUCUGAUGGAACUUUUUACAGCGGUGUUCUCUUUUCUAAAUUUGCUGGUGUCAUAAAGAGCUCAAAGGUUUUCAUCACAACUUGAUCAAACUGCAAGCAAACUGCAAGAGGUUCAGAUUGAAGACCAGUUGUGAGGAAUGAACAGCCAAGCAGACUCCUCAGGCCUGUUAUUCAACAUUUCCCUGUCAAAUUCAGAGCAAUGUGGCAAAGAGAGUCACAUGGAAAACAUCCUUUUUGCUAUUUUCUACCUUCUCGACUUCAUCCUAGCCUUUCUGGGCAAUGUUUUGGCACUCUGGCUCUUCAUUCGGGACCAAAAAUCAGAUACCCCUGCCAACAUUUUCCUGAUGCAUCUUGCUGUAGCCGAUCUAUCUUUUGUGCUCAUUUUGCCAACUCGGUUGGUCUACCACUUUUCAGGCAAUCACUGGCCAUUUGGAGAGCUCCCUUGCCGACUCACAGGGUUUCUUUUCUACCUCAACAUGUAUGCAAGCAUCUACUUCCUCAUGUGCAUCAGCAUAGAUCGCUUCUUAGCUAUCGUGCAUCCUGUGAAGUCCCUCAAGCUCCGGAGGUCACUCUAUGCUCAUUUGACCUGUGCCUUCCUGUGGGUUAUAGUUGCCGUGGCCAUGGCACCUCUUUUGAUCAGUGUGCAGACAGUUGAGAUGAAUAAUACCACCAUCUGCCUCCAACUCUACAGAGAGAAAGCAUCACGCCAUGCUCUUGUAUCACUGGCUGUUGCAUUCACUUUUCCAUUUUUUACUACAAUAACCUGCUAUUUACUGAUCAUACAAAGUCUGAAGAGGCACCGCAUUGAAAAUCAUCUAAAGGAAAAAGCCAUCAAAAUGAUAAUCAUGGUUCUUAUGAUCUUCUUGGUCUGCUUUGUGCCCUAUCAUGUCAACCGCUAUAUUUAUAUCCUCAGUUAUGAUGGUGUAAAAACUUCUUGUGCAACGCAGAGGAUCCUGGCACUUGGCAAUCGCAUUACUUCAUGCCUCACCAGCUUAAAUGGUGCCCUAGAUCCGAUCAUGUAUUUUUUUGUUGCUGAAAAAUUUCAAGAGGCCUUGUGUGAUUUGUUUUGUGGCAAAAGAGUUGCAAGAUUACCUUCAAGUUAUGAUGGGAAAACAAAUGACAGCUCUUUAAGUGCUAAAUCUGAACUGUAAAUACCCCAAAAUAAAAUACUUCCUUAACAAACGUUUGCUGCCCAGCACGGCUUGAUCUCCUAGAAAGCAGAACAGCUUUUCUAUAAAAACACAAGAUCUAAUAUUUAAUUGUUAAGGAAACAACAGUAUAUACAACAAUCCUAAUUGGAAAGGGGGACUGAGGUGGUAAAUGGUGCUAUUUCCAAAGCACUCUAUUCCGUUGGCCAGGAUGGAUAGUAUCUUCCUUUUUUUUGCCUUCUACCUAGCAUUUUUAAGGGUUUUGGGGGAUGGGUGGGUGAGGAGAAUUACAAAGAUAAGAGUUACAGGUACUAUCAGGAAAUAUAGUUCUUUUGAUUUCCUGGAAUACUCUUUUGAGUGUUACUGUCAGUAGAAAUAUCACCAAUAGAUUUUUCAUAAGCAUAAUCUGGUUCUACAGAAAAUUAAGAGGCAGCUUUACCUUAUCAUCAUUUCAGGAAUCAGAUCAGGUUGGGUGAAAUUAUGAAUCUUGUGAUAAUUUUUGCAUAGCAAAUAGUAGCAAGUAAUAAUUACAUUAGGAUAUAAAUUGAAAUUUCAGUGAACAAAAGUUUAGUAACUUCACCAGAAAAUAAAUUUUCAUAGAUGAUGAAAGAAUAGACCUUUUAAUAUAUUCAAACAGUGAAUAGAGAAGUUUUAGUAAUAUUCAGGAGCUGUCCAAAUUGUAUUUUGUGCAGUCUACAAUAUAACAGGAAUUCACCCCAAAGUUGUUUAACAUUUAGCAAUAGUACGUAGCAAUAGUACUUAGAGUCUUAGACUUAUAUACCAGUUCACUGUGUUUUACAGUCCUCUCUAAGUGGUUUGCAGAAUCAGCAUAUUUUCCCCAACAAUCUGGGUCCUCAUUUUACCGACCUCGGAAGGAUGGAAGGCUGAGUCGACCCUGAGCCAGUCAGAAUCAAAUUGCUGAAUUGCUGGCAAUCGGCAGUCAGCAGAAGUAGCCUGCAGUAUUGCAUUCUAACCACUGUACCACAUGGCUCUUUACAUCUACAAUGCAAACUUCUGAGAGGUUUAUGAAUAUGGGGUUUAAUUUUAAACAAACGUUAUAAUUCCCCCACCAUAGUUGAAAAAGAAUCAAAAAGCUACAGAUUCUUUUUGCUAUACCUCAAGAUGAAUAAAUUACAAACAUCGUAUUUGAGCAAAAUGUUCCUUUUAAUUAUAGCUUUGGCUGUAGAUACUAUUUUCAAUAGCAGUGAAUGCACAAAUCACAUUUUAUGUACAGAUUCUUAUAUGACUGAAUAGGGUUAAUGAAUUCUUAGACAGCUUGCUACAAAUCAUUAACUUAAUUCAGUUUAAUAAUUUAAGAUGUAAGUCUAGCUGGGCACUUAGCCCUACUUAAUGUAGACUGCAUCUACCAUAGUGUCUUAGAACAAUGAUUAUCUGAAGCUGGAGCAACUGCGCUUGUACAGCUACCUGCUUGACUUUGCCAAUAUAACUUUACUGCAGUUCUAUCACAAGUGUGUGCUAUCAUGCUUAUUACCUUUCUACAUAUCAGAUUCUAGUCAACUUUAUACUGUGCAACUUAUAAGUUUUGAUGUUUUCCAUUAUGUUUAUAACAUAUGCACAUACAAGCUAAAUGUUUAGCUGAAACAAUGUAGAAUCCUCCCAUUUGCCUUUUAGCAGCUCAAUUCUAACUGUUUUCUAAAUUGAAGUAUGCUGUGACCACAAAUACAUAGUAUCUACUAAAGGAAAGGCACAAGGACUGCCUUUAAUUUUUCUAAAAAUUCUUUUUAAUUUAAAAAUUGUAAAUUUCCUUAGCCAAUAUAAUAGAACAAAUAUAAAACAUAAAGAUAGAUUCAGAGAAUUUACAAACAAAUAAAACAUUUAAUUUCCAAUAAUUAUUUUCAUUAAGGAAAAUAAUAUAAAUGCUAAGAAUAGGUUAGAAAACUGAAAGUUGCUGCACAUAUUUUGAGGCUAUUCUAUUUUGUUUUUGUUUUUCCAAAUAAUUUUUCCAUUUAUUGUUUUUUUACUUUUACAUUCUUUAUAGUCUCAUUUGUACUUGAAAUUUAUAUUUAAAAACUGUUAUAUUUCUUACAUAACUGGAAAUACAUUCAAAAGGAGAAUAAAGUAAUUUUGUUUAUAUUGGUACAAAAUUCUGUCUAUCCAACAACAUUGUUGGUAAGUAUUGUCUAUCUUAAUAUAACUGUAUUUAUACAAAUGCUUAGCUACUUUCUAACAUUUUGUCUAAAAGAAUUACCAUUUUGAAAAUGGCUGCCAAUGCAUUCGUUCUCCAGACUUUUUGGAGACAUACCUUCCUUUCCAUAACUUAUCACUAGUUUAUAUAAUGCAUUCAACUUCAUAUUUAUCUUCUAUGCCAGGGGUAGGCAACCUUGGCUCUUUUAUGACUCAUGGACUUCAACUCCCAGAAUUCCUGAGCCAGCACAGCUGGCUCAAGAAUUCUGGGAGUUGAAAUCCACGAGUCAUAAAAGAGCCAAGGUUGCCUAUCCCUGUUCUAUGCCUAUCUCAUCA